GGGGUCCGGCGGAGCCGCAGGGGGCUGCCCACGGCUCCCGGGACCGCCGGUGGGAGCUGCGGGCACCUGCUCCGUGGGUCCGGCAGGCUGGGGGGAAAUUGGAGGUGUUAGGACAACGCUGGCUCCGGACCUCGCCCGCCGCGGCCCCACGGGAUUCCAGGGCUGCCUCGGGGACACGCCUGGACCCUGGCCCGCCUGGGCGGAGCUUGGCCCGGCCCGUCCCUCCCUGGGAGCGCAGGCGCGGCAUCGGUUCCCAAGGCAACUGGAAAACAGCUGCCGCCGAGCAGGGUCUGAGUGGGCAGCGGCAUGUGCGCGGCGGAGGUGGAUGCGCACGUCGCGCAGAGAUACCAGCUCAAGCGUCGGCUCGGAAAGGGGGCCUACGGCAUGGUGUGGAAGGCAGUGGACAGGACAAGUGGGGAGGUGGUGGCCAUCAAGAAGAUCUUUGAUGCCUUUAGAGAUGACACGGAUGCCCAGAGGACCUUCCGGGAGAUCCUGCUCCUCCAGGAAUUUAGGGACCAUCCCAACAUCAUCCGUCUCCUGGAUGUGAUCCAGGCAGAGAACGACAGGGAUAUCUACCUGGUCUUCGAGGCUAUGGACACAGAUCUGAAUGCGGUUAUCCGCAAGGGCAAACUGCUGCAGGACACCCACCAGCGCUACAUCUUCUACCAGCUCCUCAGGGCCACCAGGUUCAUCCACUCGGGCAACGUAGUCCACCGGGACCAAAAGCCAUCCAAUGUUCUCUUGAACGCCAACUGCCUGGUGAAGCUCUGUGACUUUGGCCUGGCCCGCUCGCUCAGCCAGCUCCCGGAGGGGCCCGAGGCCCAGGCCCUGACAACAUACGUGGCCACACGCUGGUACCGGGCCCCGGAGGUGCUGCUGUCAUCCUCCAGGUACAGCCCUGGCCUGGACAUGUGGAGUCUGGGCUGCAUCCUGGCGGAAAUGCUGGGGGGCCGGCCGCUGUUCCCUGGCUCGUCCACUCUCCACCAGCUGGAGCUCAUCCUGCAAAGUGUGCCUGUGCCCUCGGAGUGUGACUUAGCGGCUCUUGGCUCCAGCUACAGCGCUGUGGUUCUGCACCGUCUGGGGGCACGGCCACGGAAGACGCUGGACGCUCUUCUGCCACCGGACAUCCCCCCGGAGGCGCUGGACCUGCUUAAGCGACUCUUGGUGUUUGCUCCCCACCAGCGGUUGAGCGCAGCACAGGCCCUGCAGCAUCCCUACGUGCAGAGGUUCCACUGCCCGGCCCUCGAGUGGACCCUGGGAGCGGACGUGCAGCUCCCGGUGCAUGAAGGCGAGCGGCUCUCGGCUGCAGAGUACCGCAGUCGCCUGUACCAGCUGAUUCAGGAGUGGAGAGAUCCGCAGGACCAGAAACCGGAGAGGCUGCAGUGCGCGACGCCAGGGGCAGGGUCCCGGGUUUCUGCAGUCCACCUGGGAGCUGCCCCACAGCUCUCCUGCCAGACGACCUGUGCCCCCUGCCCCAGAGGCAGGCCACUGGACAGCCCGGCCCAGGACCCCACACUCGCAGCCCCCAUUGGAGCAGAGACCCUCCUCCAGCUUCCUCCCCCAGGAGGCCUCCAGAUCGGGCACCGGCCCCUGGGGGCGUCAGAGCCCUGUGGUGCAGCCUUGUGGGUGAAGCCGCAGACCAGAGGGCCGGAAUCCUCUCUGACUUUGCAGGCCGCAGCUCAGGCGGCCCACCAAGCCCUGAUCCGGAGGGAACGACCCCCCCGCCGUGGGACCAGGUCAACCGGAGCCCCACAGGAGGCCCCAUAUGAGCCCAGACCUGGCCGUAGAAUGCUCUCUGUCUCUGCCUCGCUGGGGUCCCAGGGGGCUGCAAAGGCCAUGCUUGGGGGCUACUCCCAGGCCUAUGGAACUGUCUGCCACUCUGCGCUGGGUCUUCUGCCUCUGCGUCCGGGGCCCCACAUGUGAGCUGCCCCUCCUCCCUCCCCAUGCCCCUGCCCAAUUCCAGCCUGGCCCUUCCUUUCCAGGAGACCCCAGCAUUCCUCUACCUGUCCCCCAAUUCCACACUCCUUGGCCCUUCCCCUGUCUGUCCCUCCUCUUCCCACCCCUCCACUCCUUGUCCCUGGAGCUCUUGCCCCUCCCUUAAACCCCGCCCCUUGGUGGGCCUGAGUCUCCUAGACCCUUCCCCGUCCCUUCCGAGUGACCUUUGGUAAUAAAGUCUCCCUG